AUGCUUUAGAAAUCGUAUUCUGAAGGAGUUGGAGCAGGUUUCCCACUUACACAAAAUAUUAGAUAUUAAUUGGCCAAAAAUCGAGUUGAUGAUCUCUUUAUUAAAUGGCUAACUUUACCUUAAAAUUAAAAGUUAGUACAUCAACUGAUAAAGGAUGUGCGGGAAGGAAAGUAAAAUAAUCUUAUUACUCAACCUAAUGCUUUUUUCACAAAUAAGAUGACAAUGUCUGGGAUGUCACAAAGUGCUCUCUUAAGCUCACCUAACAAAAAAAGCUUAGGUCCUUCAACUCCUCCUCGUGCAGACUCAUUUCAUGAAACUAAAUCGCGUAUUCCAGAAGAUUUAUCACAAUCAUUGACAUAAUCAUAAAUAAUUCAGAAAAAGCUUCAUGUUGAGGAGGUAUAAAAUUAUGAUUUGAUUCCCCAAUUCUAUUUCCCAACAUAAGAGAUCAAUCUUUAAUUACAAUAAGAAUAGAAUAAAAUUAUCAACGAAAUAUUUGGUAAAGCUGAACAGAUUGAUGCUAGUCAUUUUGAGCAGAUCACUACAAAUUUAUGUGGUCUAUGCAAAUACUUAACAAGAAUUUUAAUGACAGCAGUAGAAGGUACCGGCAACAAAAUUAGUAAAACUGCUUUUAUCAAGUAUUGGAAUUAGCAAUUAGCAUAAAAAGAACCAAAACAGAGGUGUUUUCAUAUUCUCAAAAAACCUAAGAAUGACUACAUUUAAUUUGAUGAUUUCAAACCUUUCAUGAAGAUUUUACUUGAAUAUCAUCCGGGGUUGGAAUUUUUGUAAGCAACACCGGAAUUUUAAGAACGAUAUGCAGACACAGUAAUACAUAGAAUAUUCUAUCAUUUGUGUCGAAAGGAUAACAAUAGAAUAACAUGGCGGGACUUCAAAUCAAGCAAUUUAUUCGAUAUCUUGGAUAUAUUGGGAAAGGAGGAUGAUAUUAAUAAAAUCAGAUAAUAUUUCUCAUAUGAACAUUUCUAUGUUAUUUAUUGCAAAUUCUGGGAAUUAGAUGGUGAUCACGAUUUCCAUAUCAGCAAGGAAGACUUCUCUCGUUAUUCCAGUCAUGGUCUAAGUCGUAAAGUUGUUGAUAGAAUAUUUGAUCAAAUUCCUCGUAGAUUCAGAAGUUAAAUAGAUUAGAAGAUGUCCUAUGAGGAUUUCAUUUACUUCAUAAUAUGUGAAGAAGAUAAGACUACUAUAUAAUCCAUAGAAUAUUGGUUCAAGGUGAUUGAUUUGGAUGAUAAUGGAAUUAUUACAGGAUUCGAGAUGGACUACUUUUAUGAGGAAUUGAAAUAGAGAAUGGAUUAUUUAAAUCAUGAACCUAUUUUAUUCCAUGACUUUGUUUGUUAGAUGGUUGAUCUUCUGCAUCCUGAAAAUGAUAUCCUCUUUAAAUUAAGUCAUUUCAAAUAGAAUCUUACUGUUUGUGGAGUGUUUUUCAAUUUCUUAACCAAUUUAAACAAAUUAAUUGCUUAUGAGAAUAGAGAUCCAUUUCAAGUUAGAAAUGACAUAGUUGAUCAUCCAGAUUUUACAGAUUGGGAUAGAUUUGCAUAUCAAGAAUACGUUAGAUUAGCGAUGGAAGAGGAGAAUUAAGAAUAAGGAGAGGUAUUUGAAGGGGAUAACAUCUGGGAUAAUGAGGAUUCAAAAUAAUGA